AUGGUCUCCAUGAGUUUGCAAUUAUGGCAAAAUCCGGCCUUUCCGGAUGUCUUGAUUCUUCAAGAAAUUACCGAAGAGAUCCUAGUUAACUUUCGAAAAUGUAGAGAAUUACAAAAUAAAGUCUCAAAUAAAAAAUUGGAUAGACUAGAAACUGUGUUCAAUAAAUUAACCGAGAGAAGAGCUAUGGAAUCCUUAAGAAUGUCCGAAUAUUUAGCCGAUGUCGUAAAAUAUUUACAAUUACUCACCAAGAAAAAUGUGAACACUAAUGUCAUUAAACAAACUUUAGAAUUAUUAUUGAAAACGGCUAAUGUUCAAAAGGAAAGAUCUAGUGAAUUAUUGAAUGAUUAUAUUUCUUUUUAUAAUGAUUUAAAUAAUGGAAACAGAAUAUCAAUCCCGGCUAUUAUAAUUUGCUGCAUGCUAAUUCUCUUCAUAGGUAUAACUUACAAUACUUAUUUGUACGCAGAUUUGGGAUACUCUAUUGCUUUACAAAACAAUAAGUUUGCCGAUGAAAAAAACAUCUCAUUUUAUGCAGAAUUUUGCAGACCUAUUAAUCAGGAUAAAGAAAAAUGUAGUAACCGUACUUUAGGUGAUACAAAAGAGCCAUUUUUUAAUUUCUCUGCAAAUGACGGUUAUAAAAUUUGUGAAUAUUUCUUAGAAGGUGACUCUGGAUUAAAAGAUAGUAGCGAACAUUUACCUGAAGAGAGCUUUGUUUCAGAAAAUAAGAAAGCGAAAUUGCAAAAAUCUUUUUCUAAUGUUUAUAGUUACGGAAAAGAAAAAUUACAACAUUUGAUUUCUAAUAUUAAUGAUAAAAGCUCAGUAGAUGAAUUAAAUUGUGCAAGAAAGAAUUAUUACAUUUUGCAACAUAAUGAGACAUUUUAUGAAAUCUGUGAAGGCUUACUAAUGAAUCUAAAAGAUCGGGAUCCGUCGUCAUUUAAUUCAAGGAAUAAAAAAGAAAGUGGAAAUAAUGCCAUAUCAAUUUGUGAUCGAUGGCUAAUUAGUAAAACUAUGGAUCAAGUAAAAGACGUGCUCUAUUACCCCUUAUUACUACUCAGUUGCUUAGUUAUAGCUCUAAUUGCUAUAACCAGCUUCAUAAUAAAAGAAAUGAUAAAUUGGAUUUUUCAACAAGAUGACUUCGAUCAAGCCCCAACAUCAGAAUUUAUACAACAUAUUAAAGACAAGUUUCCAGGAAUUAAAGACAAUAUUGCUAUUUUAGACGAAUUCUGGAACACACAGAUUAUUACUAUUAAUGAUCAGAUUUCGAAUAUAGAAUCAUUAAAUACUGAUAAGAUCAAACUACCACACCAUCUUGUAGAUUCAAUUGUAAGUCUCUGGGACGAAGAAUCUAUACGUUGUAAAAAUAGCUAUUACAAAUUAACUGAAAGUGUCGCUUAUACUUCCAUGCUCGAGUAA